AAUUUUUCUUCACUCUCACUGUGAUCAAUGGGGGGAAAAUCGAAGAACAAGCUUCUAUUUUCUUCCUCCAUUAUCCUCCUAUUCAUUUCUUUCUCCGCCGCUUUUUCAUCUCCUUUCGAGCUCCAAACCCUUCUCCCCCGCCCUCUUCCGUCGCCGCCCACUCUCUCAUGGCACGACUCCGAACUCGAAUCCAACUCCCUCGAAGAAACCUCUCAACUCGACCCUGUUAGUUCCAACACCACACUGGAAGCGCAGUUAGAAUUGCACCACGUGGACGCUUUGUCUUCCGAAGAUACACCGGAGCGACUCUUCGACUUACGACUCCAACGCGACGCGCGUCGUUCUGAAACGAUAUACUCCGUCGUUUCGGAAGCCGUUGCCCGGAACUCUCCACGAGCGGCCGGAAGGCGUUCUGGGUUCAGCAGUUCUAUUAUUUCCGGAUUCGCUCAAGGGAGUGGAGAGUACUUCACACGCCUUGGUGUGGGUACUCCGGCCAGGAAUCUUUACAUGGUUCUCGACACUGGUAGCGACGUCGUUUGGGUCCAGUGUUCACCUUGCAAGAAAUGCUACUCUCAAUCCGACCCGAUUUUUGACCCGACUAAAUCACGAUCUUUCGCCGGUAUUCCCUGUGGAUCCCCACUUUGCCGCAGCUUGGAUUCAUCGGGAUGCAGUCGACGUCGGAUGUGUCUUUACCAAGUAUCCUACGGUGACGGUUCGGUUACUUUCGGAGACUUCUCGACCGAAACGCUGACCUUCAGAAGAACCUCAGUUGGUCCGGUGGCGCUCGGUUGCGGUCACGACAAUGAAGGGUUGUUCGUUGGUGCGGCAGGUUUGUUAGGCCUUGGUAGGGGGAGAUUAUCAUUUCCCUCCCAAACAGCACGCCGGUUCAACCGGAAGUUCUCUUACUGUUUGGUAGACCGGUCCGCUUCGUCUAAACCAUCCUCCCUGAUAUUCGGCGGCGCCGCCAUUCCCCGAGGCGCCUUGUUCACUCCGCUGUUAACAAACCCGAAGCUCGACACUUUCUAUUACGUCGAACUGCUCGGGAUCAGCGUGGGCGGGACACAUGUCCCCAAGAUCACCCCGUCACUGUUCACAAUGGAUCAAGAAGGUAACGGAGGGGUCAUCAUCGACUCCGGCACGUCCGUCACCCGCUUGAACCAACCCGCUUACAUCGCACUGAGGGAUGCGUUCCGUCUCGGGGCAAGGAAUCUAAAACGGGCACCCGAUUUCUCGUUGUUCGACACGUGUUUCGACUUGUCAGGACAAACUUCCGUCAAGGUGCCGACGGUGGUGUUACAUUUCAGAGGAGCGGACGUGUCGUUGCCGGCGACGAACUAUUUGAUACCGGUUGAUAGCAGCGGGACCUUUUGUUUUGCAUUCGCGGGUACAAUGAGCGGAAUGACCAUAAUUGGGAACAUCCAGCAACAGGGUUUCCGGGUCGCAUAUGAUUUAGCGGGCUCUCGGGUCGGGUUUUCUCCCCGUGGAUGCGCUUAAAAGCGGCGGUGCUUCUCUCUUUUAUUUUUCUUUUUCUUUUUCAAUUGCAAGGGACAAAGCUCCAUCCCUGCCUUUAUUUUAUUUUUGGGUAAAUCUGCCUUGGA